CGACCAACUUGGCUCAGACCCUAAACAAAUAACUUCCCGCCUAGCCGUUGUGCGCCUUUCCUCCGCUCUCUGAAGCUCCAAGGCCCGAACCACCAUAUUCUCCCAUCUCCACCUCCACCUCCCAUCUCAAUUCUGAUCCGCCAUUACACACUGCUGCUGCUCCGUCGCUGCUUCUGUUCAUAGCCGGUCAUCAGCUACAAAUCCCCCCCCGGCUGCCCAGCUGCUUGUCAGCCUCUGCUUCCAAUCCACUAUCGUCGGCAGACCAUUGGUGGUUUUGCGCGUGACUCGGUCCCCGCCGCCACCAACAUCCACUCUAGUUACGCGCAACCCAGAUCUGUCAGAAGACGCUGAAGAAGAAGGGAAGAAGCAGCGUUAUCAGACACGCUCGUUAUCUAGCUGAUCGACCACUCUGCCCCCCCAUUCCAUCUCAGCCAUGUUUCAGUGGCGCGCGAGCUAGACCUGCCACGCUUACAAACACUCAUAUCCACACACUUGCCUUUCAUACCAUCACAAGCACACUCCUCCACACCACCAACACCUCCACCACGCCCGUCUGGAGGAGUGCCCACCACCCACUCCAUUCGUGCGGAAGCGGUGCUGUAGUGUGCAGGAUCAAAAGUCUUGGGGAAAAAGUCAGGAUCGGUCAGCAGACAGGCUCUGCAGAGACUCUCACAAAUUGGACGUUCAAGACACUGGGGCACGCGCCUGUACUGAUAGAGAGACACCUGUGAUAGCCGUGCCAACAAAAGUUUGGCAUCGACAGGUGCAGCAAAGAUCCUCGUCGGUACCCCUCUCCUCUUCGUCACUCACCUCUGCCCGAACGGGCGCAUUAAAGUUAACAAUUCGCGUUUCCGUUGUCCCCCACAGCUUUAUCCUAACCGCAUCUUCUAUACUGGGAAGGAGAACAAAAGAAAAGGCAAAAGCCAGAAGCCUGCCGGCAAUUAAGUCUGGCUGACUUUCUUGCUUCUGUCUGCCUCGUUCUGUUUUUCUUUCCAACGUCUCACCCACUGAGAAGAGCCGCGCGUUUGACAUCACCGCUCUCGUUCCGUCCGUGUGCCCACCCACCUCCAAGCAGUGCGGAGCCUGCACCUCACUUUUUUGAACACCCAACAACGACCCUCCCGGAUCUGCCGGCAGAAUGGGCAAUAACCCGACCAAGGAGUCGAGGUCGGGGUCAUCACAGUCCGACGGUCGCUCGGCUGGCGGCGACGCCAUCGCACCGUCUUCUUCACACAGAUCCGGCACGUCGACCUUGCAGUCGUCGAACGGCGACCAUGGCAGGAGACGGGGAAACAGCAGGCACGACAUGAGUCUUUUCAGGCUGGGCGCACAUCAUGAACCAGAUCCUGCGGAUCCGGCCGCACGGCGGGAGACGCGCGCAGAGCGUGAGGCUCGCAAGCGAGAGAAGGAGCGCGAGCAACGUGCCAUUGAGCGGGAGCGUAGCAUCAAAGAGGAGGGCGUGGACGGCGGAUACCUUGUCACUCUCGGCACAUACACGGGGCCGGAGGACUUCAGCAAGACAGUCGUACGGCAGCUCAUGAUCGAGAGGCGCUUAGCCCCCUUCUGGAAGGGCUUACAGGACCACGAAGAUACCUGGGCCGACAACCAAAUUGUCGCUGCCGUGCGAGGGGAGCCAAUCCCGGAACCGGGCCCGACUCCAACGGCCGAGCAGCUGCUGAAGGGUUCGAAUACGACGACCACAGUCACGGGAGCGGCAGCUGCGGCUUCGUCGUCUUCGUCAAGUGCACUACCAACCAGCAGCGGAGGCACUCUAGCUCCGCCCGCACCAGGACCUCCUCUCGCGACGGAGCGCCCGCGUUCCCCGUCGAACCCGGAGCACUCAGUCUCGACGCUGUUCGGUCCGCAGCCGGCGUCAUUCAGGACUCGCGCACGCACGCUCGUCUCACUGAGCACGCCACGCAACAACUCGCAGACGGAUAUGACUCCCACCGAAGUGCAUCUGCCCAAGGACCCUUACGUCAAUGGCCAGCCUCUCGAGGUCUUCCUGUACAAGAAUGCGGCCGAAUGUCCCAUCUGCUUUUUGUACUACCCACCGUAUCUCAACAGGACGCGAUGCUGUGACCAGCCCAUCUGUUCCGAGUGCUUCGUGCAAAUCAAGCGCCCGGACCCCCAUCCGCCGGAGCACCACGACGACGUCGACUCGAACAAUCAAAACCAGACAACUCCUGCGGAGGCAGAAUACGAGCUGGUGUCCGAAGCGGCAACAUGUCCCUUUUGCAAGCAGCCAGAGUUCGGCGUGACAUACGAUCCGCCGCCUUUUCGCCGAGGCGUCGUGUAUAGCGAGCACCACCGUCUCGGCAGCGUCAUGUCUGCCAUGUCGUCCUCCUCGUCCAUCAACUCCCAGUCACCCGGCAGCGGCUCGCGGCGUCGUGCUACCAGUCUGGCCGCCGACGCUCCCAAUGUCGUCACAACAGAUAUUGUGCGUCCGGACUGGCGCAAGAAGCUCGAUGACGCACGCGCGCACGCUUUGAGGCGUGCCGCUGCGGCGACAGCGCUGCACAAUGCGGCGUACAUGCUAGGGAACCAGGGAGAUCUAGGGUCAAGAAUCGCGUUUGGCAGAAGGAGGCGCACUCUUUUCGGGGACAACAACGGGAACGGGACGGAAGGGCUCCCGCAUUUAAGUGCCUUGCUGGCUGCGCAUAGCUCCUCCUCCUCCUCUCACGGCGGGCGACAGUAUGGCGGUAAUGAGCAGCAAUUCCCUUCGGUCGAUCUGUUUCCUGGGCGGGGAUCAUCGCGGCGGACGCGUCUCGAAGAUUUGGAGGAAUUGAUGUACAUGGAGGCCAUACGGCUGAGUCUUGCCAGCGCAGAGGAGGAGCGCAAGAAGGCGGAGAAAGAAGAGGCAAAGCGCGCGAAAAAGGAGGAAAAGCAGCGUGCAAAGGAUGCCAAGAAGGCUGCUAAGGACGCGAAGAAGAGUGGUAGCGUUGAGGCGGGGGGCGCGAGCGGUAUGUACGCUGCGAGCCUCAACGAGAGCGAGGCCAGUGGGUUUGUGGGUAGCGCUGGCGGGGAGGCGAGUGCGUCAACUUCGGCGGCUGCGACGACGGCAGGGAAAGGCAAGGCGCGUGCGGAGAGCGGUAGCCACACGCCGUCUCCUGAGCCACCCUCUACCAUGCCCAAGGACGAUCCGCAAGCCUUCCUCGAGCAGUCCCGUGCGAACAUCCAGUCUGCACCCAUGUCUGUCCCAGGCUCGCAGCAGCACUCGCACGCCUCUACGCCGCCGCAUCGCCAAGCGCUGCGACAUCUGUCGAGCGCUUCAUCCGCCUCAUCACUCAUCGACUCGCAAGACACCAGCCCGAACGCCUCCGGGCUGCAUCUUGACCAGGGCGGCUCCUCUUCAGCUGUUGGGGGUCCAUACUCCGAGACACCACCGGGCGGUGGUGCGGGGACGGAGCCUAUGUUUAACUUCCGCAGCUUGGCCGCCGUCAUUGGUAAUGAGGAGGGUACUAGCGGCGACAACAGCCCCCUCGUCGAGCAUGCAGAUCCUGGCCCUUCACCGCCCCUGAGUCCCGGAAUGAGCGGUCAUGGCAGCGGCGAGACCAAGUCGUCGCCCAAGGCAACCACGCCGCCAGACCGACCGCUGAGCGCGGGUGAAAGGCUGUUUGGCGUGACGAGUCCGCUUCCCCCGACGCUGCCAACACUGCGGGAGCUAAGCGGCGGCGAUCAUGGUGGUGCAACUGAACCUAUCGACGGCACUGUACUAGCAAGAGAAGAGAGCAAUCCGUACGACGCAAAACAUUAUGGAGACAUCAGUAUCUUGGACAGCAUUGGCACCUUUUCGCCGGCGCGGUGACGCGCUUCGACGUCUCGGAGGACGCUCUCGCGACUAAAUCAAGACAUCAAAGUAACGAAAGCAAAAGGAAAAAAAAAAUAACGGGAAGCCGAAUUAUUCAGCCCAAAGAGUCAUAUUUGCUGUCCUCGUCGUAAGAGUCCACAUCUGAUCUCCAGUCCUCCACCUCAUCAUAAUUAUCAUCAUCAUCAUCAUCAUCGUCGUCGUCGUCGUCGUCAAGAUCGAUUUCAUACGCUUUUGGGGGGCUUUGGAAAGCAAUUCUUCUCUCACGACUCAGUAAGGGAAUGUUCAAAGAAAUGGGGGAUCAUGGAGGAGAAAUGUACAUCCCUCCUGGCGCAUUCACUGAAUUAUUUUUUUUUUCUUUUUUCCGUCUUUUUCAUGUCGCUUACCGCUUCCUGUGGACGCUGCCUUUAAACGUCACGAAGACGAGGGCGAGGGCAUAGGUUUUUACGCGCAUCGCACGGAGGCACAGACAUGACACUCUCACAGUUGCUCUUCAACAAGUCUUCCCAUUCCACGCACACACGCAUAAACAAACACACCCGCAUACACACACAUGCCAUGUCCCACACAUGUAUGUACAUUUGUGCACGUCUUUAGAGAGGGCAGGGAGGAGCGAGGAGAAAUCGUUAUGAGAACAAUCUUUGCCCAUUCAGUCUUUAGCGACGAAUCGGUCACCUGGGAAAAUUAGACGUCAUUGCUCGAGGCCAAAAAAAAAUCGAGGCUGUUUCCUGCCCCUCUGCACGUCUUCCCUUAUUUUGUUCCGUUUCCCCACUUUUUCUUCUUCUUUUCCUGCGAGACUCC